CUGCGGGAGUCGGUACAUGAGCGGAUCAGCGACGCCGCCGAAGACUUCCUGCUGCAGCUGGAGAAAGGAGGAGAAACGGCUCGAGUCCCGGAGCUGAGAGCGAUGCUAACCGAGCGGCUAACGGCGGCGGCGGAGGCGAUCGUCGCGGUGUUCGAAGACAGAAUGGAGCGGUCCGAGCGGGAGCUCUGCCGCCAGAGGAGGCUGCUGGAGGCCGUGAUGAAGCCCGAACUCCGGCUGCACCGAGUUGACGUACAGCAGCUGAUGGUUAAUAAAGAAGAGGUUCCCCCUGAGCAGCAGCAGUGGAGCCCCCUUGUGGACCAGGAAGACCAAAAGCCUCCCUACAUUAAAGAGGAACACGAGGAACCGUGGACCAAUCAGGAGGGAGAGCAGCUUCAACAACUUGAGGAGGCUGAUAUCAAGUUCACAUGGACUGCUGUCACUAUAAAGACUGAAGAAGAUGAAGAGGAACCUGAGUUGUCACAGCUUCAUCAGAGUCAGACUGAGGAGAACAGAGCGGACUGUGGAGAACAAGAACCAGCCAGGAACUCAGGUCCUGAUGGACAUUUACAACAAGGUACUGAAAACAGUGAAGAUGAUUGGAUGCAGACCAGGGAACCUCAGUCUGGUUUAAAUACAAAAAAUAGCAAACAGCCUCUAAAUGAUAUGAAAUGUAAAACUGGUAAGAAAGCAUUUGGUUGUUCUGAGUGUGGUAAAAGAUUCAAACGAAAGGGCUAUCUAACUCUACAUAUGAGGAUUCAUACAGGACAGAAACUGUUUAGUUGCUCACAGUGUGGUAAAAGAUUUCUUCAAAAGGGCCAACUAACUGUACAUAUGAGGACUCAUACAAGAGAGACACAGUUUAGUUGCUCUGAGUGUGAUCAAAGAUUCAAACGAAAGGGCCAUCUAACUGUACAUAUGAGGAUUCAUACAGGAGAGAAACCGUUUACUUGCGCCGAGUGUGGUGGAAGAUUCAGAAGAAACAGCGAUCUAACUGAACAUAUGAGGAUUCAUUCAGGAGCAAAACCGUUGAGUUGCUCUGAGUGUGGUGGAAGAUUCAGACGAAACAGCGAUCUAACUGAACAUAUGAGGACUCAUACAGGAGAGAAACCAUUUUGUUGCUCUGAGUGUGGUAAAAGAUUCAAACGGAAGUGGGAUCUAACUGAACAUAUGUGGGACCAUACAGGAGAGAGACCAUUUAGUUGCUCUGAGUGUGAUCAAAGAUUCAAACGAAAGGGCCAUCUAACUCUACAUAUGAGGAUUCAUACAGGAGAGAAACCGUUUAGUUGCGCCGAGUGUGGUGGAAGAUUCAGAAGAAACAGCGAUCUAACUGAACAUAUGAGGAUUCAUUCAGGAGCAAAACCGUUGAGUUGCUCCGAGUGUGGUAAAAGAUUCAAACGAAAGGGCCAUCUAACUGUACACAUGAGGAUUCAUACAGGAGAAAAACCGUUUAGUUGCGCCGAGUGUGGUGGAAGAUUCAGAAGAAACAGCGAUCUAACUGAACAUAUGUGGAUUCAUUCAGGAGCAAAACCGUUGAGUUGCUCUGAGUGUGGUGGAAGAUUCAGACGAAACAGCGAUCUAACUGUACAUAUGAGGACUCAUACAGGAGAGAAACCGUUUUGUUGCUCUGAGUGUGGUAAAAGAUUCAAACGGAAGUGGGAUCUAACUGAACAUAUGUGGGACCAUACAGGAGAGAGACCAUUUAGUUGCUCUGAGUGUGAUCAAAGAUUCAAACGAAAGGGCCAUCUAACUCUACAUAUGAGGAUUCAUACAGGAGAGAAACUGUUUAGUUGCUCCGAGUGUGGUAAAGGAUUUCUUCAAAAGGGCCUACUAACGAUACAUAUGAGGACUCAUACAGGAGAGAAACCGUUUCGUUGCCCCGAGUGUGGUAAAAAUUUUUUGCAAAAGAGCCAUCUAACUGUACAUAAGAGAAGUCAUACAGGUAGAAAGCAUUUAGUUGCGCCUAGUGUGGUAAAAGAUUUAGACUAAUGGGUAAUCUAACUGCAUGUGAGUUAGCCUGGGUGCCAGACGACCUUAGCCCCGCCCACAAUAUUUGAGUUUGGGAAGUUCGGUCUGGCAUUGCUCCGUUGGGGAGAAACUAUGAUCGAACAGAAGCUGUUCUGACCAAUCAAAUUGUUAGGGCGGGCUUUAUACGAUGAUGGACAGAUGAUCUUCAGUGACGUAAUCAAUCACGUCACCAAACAGCGCUGCCUGCCGCUGGAGAGCUGAGAUGUGUCGAUGCUGCCAUUGAGUCUGUUUCAGCAGACAUCGACAGCGCAUUCAUUUUGAAACAGGAACAGAGGAACGCGAUCAAGGCAUUUGUAGAACGAAAAGAUGUUUUUGCCGUCCUUCUACGGGAUUCGGAAAAAGUUUUAUUUAUCAGCUGGCCCCGAUGCUGCGGCCACACAAGCAGUCACAUAUGAGACAUAUCCAAUUGAGCGAAGAGAAAUUUAUUUUCCUGGUUCGGUUGAAACACGCCCCAUAAUCACAGCCCAAUGGAGCAGUAUCAGGCUUAUAUUCUGACUAGAAUUAUGAGUAUGACAACGUCAGGCUACAUAUGAGUAGUAAUAUAGGGGAGAAUGAAUUGACUUGCUCUGUGUGGUUAUAGAUUUUAGUUGCAUCGUUUGCAACAAUUGCAAUUAUUAGGAUUUUUCAGCAGCUAUUCAUAUUAUCCAUAUUCAUAGGUCACUGUUCUAAAUAGAGAAUUUAGAAUUCCCCCUUUCACCUGUUUUUAUCAGAGUUAAACGAUAUCUUUGUCCUUAGAAAAAAUAACUCAUUGAAUAACCGGAAAGAUUUGUGUUGAUAUUUCUUGUUUCUACUGAUUUGAUUUAUGCCAUAUAUAUUACAUACCCAUAUAUACUGAAUGUAUUUUUCAUAAUUUCCCCCUUGUCUGAUAAAAAACUUGCCCAAAAUUAAACAGACAUUAGAGGAUUCAUACAGGAGAGAAAUUAAUCGUUUGCAACAAAAUAUUUAUAUAGAUCUAUCAGCAGCUAUCGCUAUUAUCCAUAUUCAUAGUUCACUGUUGUAAAAAGAGAAUUAAGAAUCCCUCCACCUGUUUUUAUCAGUUAAACAAUUUUAUGUUCCUUCAAAACACAACUCAUUGACUAACAUGAAAGAUUUGUGUUGAUAUUUUUUGUUUCUACUGAUUUAUGCCUCAUAGAAUACACACCUAUACAGUGAAGGAAAUAAGUAUUUGAUCCCUUGCUGAUUUUGUAUGUUUGCCCACUCACGAAUAAAUGAACAAUAUCCAGAUCAUAUAACUCAUAUAUCUCUUACCGAUUUUGUAAGUUUGACCACUGACUAAUAAUUGAACAGUUGAUGAUUGUAAUGGUAGGUUUAUUGUAACAUUGACAGACAUAAUAUCAACAAAGAAUAUCAAGAUCAUAUAACUAACAUCAUAUAAAAGUUUGAAUUGAUUUGCAUUUGAUUGUGUUAAAUAUAAGUAUUUGAUCCACAGAUUUUCUAAAAAAAUGCAUUUAAAUCAGCGUAGUUCAUAGCAUGGAGACGGAGAACGACCCUGAUGAAGUCACUGAAUAAAAUAUGAGAAACUCAAUGUUUAACGCAGCUUCUGGACGAUUGUCUGUCUCCAAUCAGUCAACUGAGCCUCUCACUGAAAACAACACAAAGGUUAAUAAGUUAAACAAACUCCACAAAGUGAAGCUCCUCAGCGCGAAACUGCAAAGGUCAAAGAGCACUGAAUAUUUAGACACCUGCUGAUGAUAAGCCCAGUAUUACCUUAAUUUUUGAUCGGUUUUUGGUCUCCACCACCUCCUGAGGAAAAAAUCUGGUUAUUUAGUAGUUCAAACUAAAUAUGAAAAAACUGACCGAGCUGUCGUGUCGUCCAGUUAUGAUUGUUAAUAAAGAUGGACGACGCAUGUCCACUUCCUCCCGCUGUAUAAAAAUGAGGUGAAAAUAUUCCGUGCUAGGUGAGGUGUGUGACCUACACAGCAGCCACCAGGGGCCCACUGAAAUGUGGUUUCACUUUUGGGAAAUUGUCAUGUAAUCUAUUUUUAUGAACAGUUGUACGUCACGUCAUGUUAUGUUACUUUGCGUUUAUUAAGGUUACUUUGCUUCACAUUUUUUCACAUGUUUGUAA